AAUCUUUUUUUCAUAAAAUCAUUAUUUUUAUUUUUGAAAAUUUAUUUAUAUUCAUGAUCUCCAUGUAAUAUAUAACAUGGCUUUAAAAAUUCGGUCUGGAAAUCCAUCACAAAAAUAGAUUUUCAAGAGUCUACUCAUUUCUACAGGGACUCAUAGAAACCACCGUGUCCUUUUGCUGAAAGCUCACUUUCUUACACAAAAAACCUUGACCGUACAAAAAACCAAGAAGGAGGUGCUAGAUAGAGAAAAUCGCCUUUUCAACUCAGCCAAAGCUGAGGGGGGGAAGAAUGCUUUAUUCAAAUAUUUGAACAUUUCUUCUCCACUCCCCCCCCCCUUGCGACGUAAAAUAUUCAUGCUUGUAGUUAUAAGCUGCCGGAUCAGAUCAGCCAUUGUGAUAGCUUUGGAUGAUGUUUUUACGAGCUUCUAGUUGUUUGAUCUUGAUUGGAUGAUUGAUGGUAUUUGAUUUUUAUUUUUAUUUUUAACGACUUAUCUAGUUGUUUGAUCUUGAUUUGAUGAGGAAAAGUAUUUGAUUUCUAUUUUUAUUUUUAACAACUCACUUUGAGAUGAAAUUUGGGGCACGCCCCCUCGAUUUGGGGUGCUUCUAAUAAAAGUAAGAAAACAUUUUUUAUAAUACAAGUUAGAAAAAAUACCGUUGUAUAAUGUGGGGAUAUUUUGAUCAUUUUUUCAAUGUUGUUUAUUUAUUUAUUUUGCUUGUGUGCCCUUGCAAUACCUCGAAUUUUGUGCAGAGAUGAUAUGUAGAAAAAUAUGAAAAAUAAAACCAUUUAUUGAAGCUGUCACACCCACCUAUUUAUACUCUACUAAGAACACAACUCAUAUAUAUAUUUUAUAUCUGGGUAGGCGGUACAUAGAAUCUAUUUCAUUGGGAGAAGGGGAAAAUAAUCUCAUGUUCUGUUGAGUUGCCUCUCAGUUUCCAAACCAUCUAAUUGGACGGUGAUGACCCACAUGGCUGUAUGUAGUUUCCAAACCAUCUAAUUGGACGGUGAUGACCCACAUGGCUGUAAGUCCUUGUUGUUAUGAGGAUUGUGGUUAGGAAUCCAUACCACAAGAAUUAUAUGCGUUGCCCUUUCACUCGAUUAACACCAUAUCUUGGGAUACUUUCUUGAGAACUCCAAACUUUGGGAUGUCAUCUCAACCAAGAAACCCAUAAAACAAGGCGAAAAUUUUCAUAGGCACCCUAUACAUGCCAAAAAAAACUACAACCAGAAAUUAAAUAGAUUUCCAACAGUCCAAUCAAUUUAGGAAUUCAAUACUCAUCCAGUGGUCUAAAGUGGAUCCAAAUUUUAGGUCGAAUGAAACUUCUCUUAAGUAGCUCUUGUUUUGAAGGAAGAAGAGCUCGUGUGUUCGUGCAGGAGUAUGCUAUACCUGCUCUUCUUAUAAUAGCCCGUUGAAAUUUACCUUUACUACUAGACUUAUUUUCUUUCUAUCCAUUAAUUUUCAUAUUUUUUUCUUUAUUCUAUCCAUUAACUUUCUACCAUGGUCUACUAUCCAUUCAUGGUGUGGUUUGUUCUCGUCAGUCUCUUAUCUUUCAAAAUAAUUUGUGGCUGCCAUGCAUUUCUCUUCUAUGAAAUCCAUAGCAUUUGCUUGAAAACUUGGUGCCACGAAUAAUUAGCCUAGUUUACACCCUCAACCAUGUCAACACUUGUAAAAAUUUUCAACAUUUUUCCUGUAUUACCCCCUCCAAAUUCUUUGCCCAAUUCACCAGAAGUUCUCACAUUCUUGGACAUCCUCUGGUUGGUCUUUUCCCCAGUUCAGAGGAUCUUCUUCUAUGAUCCACUCGAACAAAAAACCGAUGAUCCACUCGAUCAAAAAACCGACUUCUCAGACGUGAUAGUGAAGCUGAAGGAAUCCCUAUCCUUGACCCUCCGAUACUUUUACCCUCACACUGGGAAACUUGUGUUGUCAGAGACUUCCGGCCUGUUGGAAAUACAGUAUGAUCACAUAGAUGGGGUGGCAUUCCAUGUAGCUGAAGCUGAAGCUGAAGCUGAAGCUGAUUACGAAGCUCUAACAAGAAGCAGUGUGCACAACACAAACAUCUUUCUGUCGCUAGUCCCACCUUUGUUGGUCCAUAACUUCCCAGCACCUCUAUUGUCGGUGCAAGCCACAAGAUUUCCUAAUGGUGGCUUAUGCAUAGGAAUAUCUUUCCAUCAUGGAGUGGCUGAUGGCAAAAGCUUUACUAAUUUUGUCGAGGCAUGGGCUGAGAUCCAUAAGUCAGGUGACCGAUCUUGCCAACCUUGCCAUGACCUCUCUGUGCUCUGUGAUCCCGGAGGCAUCAGCACGCUCUACAUGAAUAACUUUUCGAUCUCAAAGGAAGGAUUUCCAGCUCCGAAGUUUUUGAAACCAAGUGAUCUAGUAACCACAACAUUCAUCAUAGAUAAAGAAAGCAUUGUACGGUUGAAGAAACGUGCGAUGCGUAAUGAGGCUGAAGGUCGAACCUUUUACUCAACAUUCGUGGUGGGGUGUGCUCAUAUUUGGGUGUGCACAGCAAAAGCCAAGCAACUGAGAGAUGAAUCUGAAAUGGGAUUCACUUUUCCUGUCGAUUGUCGUUCACAUGUAAGGCCGAAGAUGCCAGAGGAAAUUGUGUUAGACCCUGUUUUUUAUUCGGUAAAUGGAAAGAUUGUGGCAUCGGGAUUCAUGUCGAUGGCAGGCUCACCAAGGUUCGGGUUAUAUGAGAAGGAUUUUGGAUGGGGACGGCCGAUGAGAGUGGAGGUGGUCUCCAUUGAUAACGAUGGAGGGAUUGGUCUUGCAGAAGCAAGAGAUGAAGAAAGUGGAAUUAAAGUGUCUCUGUCCCUUGCCUCUUGUGAGAUGGAUGAGUUUAGGUCUCUUUUCCUCGAGGAUAUCUAUUUAUGCAUUAUUCUAGUAUUUGGAGAUUUGGUGACACAUUCUGCUUUGUGUUGGAAUUUGUCCUCAAAACUAAUUGUUGGAAUUGUUAGCAGGGGGAUCUCUUGUUGUAUGUGGUGAAAUUCUUUGAUUUUAUUUUC